AUGGCUCCAAACCAAACUCGGCUACAUGCUCCCACUUACUUCAUAUCUUGGUAUCUGAUUUGGAACUGUGAUAGGGUUUUCUUGGUGGGAGACUUUAGAAGUCUCACAGGCAGGGGAGAUGGUUCCAGCGGUGAUGUGAGUUCUGCCGCCGCAAUGACCGGUGACUUCGAGCUCCGGUUCCAUUUCUCUGCCGGUAUUGCCGACUCAGGUGCUAUUAGCACUGAGGUUACCGUUGGCUCCGAAGCUCCAGAUGUUGUUCAAUCUCUACCAAACCCCUCCUAUCACCAGAUGAAACUCCACUCGCCGAUCCAGCAGAUCCCUGCAGAUUUGUUCGAAAGUAGGUUGUGGCAACAUUUUUGGUGGUCUUAUUGCCGUUGGUCGAAGCUCCACUUGUCGAUCCAGCAGAUUGUUGUCGAUCUGACAAGUCUGUUUGAAAGCAGGCUGUGGCAACUAGGCAUGUGUGGGCAGUUUGGAGUUGGUUUUUUCGACACAUAUGGGGCCCCCUCAAUUGACACGCAUGUGCAUGUGCUUAAUCUUAGCUGUAUCUACAGCUUUUUAUCUAGGGAAAUGGUAGUGGGACGACAAUCGGAGAUUGAGAGAAAAAGGCGGGUUGUGGUUGUCUCUCCCUUCAGGAAAGUAAAAAUGUGGUUGUUCAUCAAAUAUCUUACUUUAGUAGUAGUAGUAGUAGUGAUGGUGAUGGGUGUGGUAGUGGGAAUUGCAGAAGUGCCUGAACUCACAUAUGACUACUACCAGGAUUCAUGUCCAGAUGUAGAGAAUAUUGUUAAGAAAGCAAUUCUGCCCAUUCUCCUUGACGAUCCUACUGCUCCAGCAGCCUUCCUCCGCCUCUUGUUCCAUGACUGCCAAGUUCAGGGAUGUGAUGCAUCGAUACUCUUGGAUUCUGAUAACCAGAAUAUGAAUUCUGAGAUUGGUUCGAUCAGAAAUUUUGGAAUUAGAAGGAGGGAAUCCAUUGGUCACAUAAAGUCGAUUUUAGAAGCUGUGUGUCCUGGUCAAGUCUCUUGUGCAGAUGUCAUUGCUCUAGCUGCUAAGGAAUCAGUUUCCUUCUCUGGAGGUCCCUCAAUCCAGAUUCCUCUCGGGAGAAGGGAUUCCACUUCUUCUAAACAACAAAUGGCCGAUUCUCAUCUUCCACCACAGAGCAUUAACGUGGAUGGAUUUCUUAACAUCUUCAUGGCUAAAGGAAUGAAUCUCCAGGAGUCAGUUGCAAUAAUAGGAGCACAUACACUAGGUGUUGGACACUGCAUAAACAUUGUGGAUAGAAUAUAUAACCAGAAGCAGCCUUCAGAAGAAGAGAGAAUCAAUCUUGGUUUCCAAAUUCUAUUAAGGCUCAAAUGCCCUACAAGAGUCCCUUUCACAAACCUUACAUUUGUGAGAAAUGAUAUCACCUCUUUGAUAUUUGAUAAUCAGUAUUACAGAGAUGUGAUGAAUGGAAGAGGUUUGUUUCACAUAGAUUCCAGCAUCUCAAUGGACCAUAGAACAGCACCCAUUGUGGAAGAGUUUGCAGCAGAUCAAGAAUACUUUUUCCAGGUUUUUUCUUCUGCAUUUGUAAAGCUUUCAUCAUCGAAUGUUCUUACAGGAGAAAAGGGUCAGAUUAGAAGGCAAUGCAACCAAGUAAACUAGAGCUUCUGUGUUGGUUAACAAAGUAUGUUAUCUCAUUUUCCCUGUUGUAUAGUAUAUCUUCAAGUUA